ACUGUACCUCACUAUCUUUACAUUCACAGUCGCCGCCGCAAAAAAAGAAAAUUAAAAGACUUUUAUUUAAGUGAAGUGAACAUUAGGAGUGAAACAUUCUAAUUAAUUAUUCAGUCAAUUAGGCCAUUAAGUAGUGAGCAGUGAUUGUCAUUCAGUUCAGUUCUUGUGCAUCGUCUUGAUUUGUCGCUUUAAUAAAUUAUUAAAAAAUAUCUUUUUUUUUGGCAAGGAAUUUCAUCAAGAAAGUGAAAAUUAAUUAUUAAUAACUCAAUUAAGUCGCGAAAGGAAUCAAUUUUAAAAAUAUGCAUCGUGUGACAUUCAAAAUUGAAAAGCAACCACCGCCAGUAACAAAUGGAAGUACGGAAAAUUUGGAAUUAUUUCAUGGAAUCGGAAAUACACUUGGAUUUAAUAUAACUGGCGGAUCUGACUUUUCUAUGCCGAUUACAAUUUUUCAUGUCAAAGAAGGCAGUAGAGCUGAAAUUUCAGGACUGAAACUUGGCGAUUCCAUCGUAACAAUUAAUAAUGUAGACACAAACAAUAUGACUUUGCAGGAAGCUAACAAUGUCCUUGAGCAAGCGUCCCAACAAGACGUCAAAUUAGGUGUCAUCAAAUUCGAUGAAGUCGACGAGGCAAAUCCAGAAAAGAAGCUCACAAUUCACGAAAUAUUAUUGAAAGGUAAAAAGGGUAACAAACUGCCCUUUGAAGACGAACUUAUGCCUCCACGUGGAGCGUUUGUCGAGAAAGCAGAGAAAAAGUCAUGGCAUCCAAUCGUAUGGCCACAUCCAGAACAGUGUGCACCGGAAAUUAUUUCAUCUCAAAAGGAAUUGCCACAUAAAAGAAUCAUCAGAAAUUUGCGACGACUUUUAACAGACAUUGCUGAUAAUCCAAUUGAACGCGAGAAACAUAUCGAAAAUUUACUUCUCAUUCUCCCACGCGGCAGUGCUGAUCCAUUGAAAGUCAUUCGACCAAAGCCAGAGAAGAAAGAAGGCGAAGAAGACGACGAUGACUUUGGGGAAGAGAUUGUAGAAGAAAAGGUAGAGGAAGAGGUGGACGAUGAAGAUGAAGAAGAGCUGGGUUCACUAAGUGUCGAACUGACAAUCAAAGCAAUGCAACGUCAACUUUUACAAAUUGCUGAUCGAAUCCCCGAUGAUAUUCUCUUGACAUUACUCAAAUGUUUCGCUCAAAUUUUGACACGCGAGCCUGAGCCAUCGUCACAAGUGUGCGGUCCAUUUAUUCGAGCGUUUACUAAACUUCGUGACGAUGGUGUUGAGAAGCAAAUUGAAUCAAUAGUCGAGGAGAAUGAAGAUCAUUUAAAAGAUGACAAAAAUGCUCUCCAAAAUGACGGUGAUCAGGAAUGUACUUUCAAUUAUAAAAUUGGUAAUGUUAUUACGCAAGAGGUUGUCUUUUCGAUGGGCGAUAAUGACUUACGAGAGGCAAAUGCCAAUGGAGAUGGUGAGAUUUAUGAAAAUGGACAGUCUAGUCACGAGAAUUAUCAUGAAAUGCCAAAUUUAGUGGAACCAGAUGAGGAAAUGAAGCUUCAUCAAGAAGAAGAAAAUAAAAUUAAUGAACAGCAAGUUGAAGAGAAAUUUGAGGAAAUAUCUAAAGAAGCUGAGGAUAUUCCAAUUAAUCCUGAAGAAUCAAAUAAUGAUGCACAAGAACUACAAGAACCAACAAUCGAAACAACUGAUGACUCAGAAAAACCACAAAUCGAUGAACAACCAAUUCAAGAAGAAAUAGAACAGCAGGAGCAACCACAAGUAGAAGAAGAACCACCACAGCCAGAACAAAAAGAAGAAGUUCCAGUCAUACCAAUGGAAAAAGUGACCCUCGACGAUAUUCAACGUGAAAUCCAUGAAAUGCAAAUAUUUUUGUUCAAAAAAGGCAUUGCACCGGAAAUCCGAAAUAACAGCAUAACUCGAAAUGGAAUUGUCAAAAAGCAAAAGAAAGUUGACGAUGCCUACAAAGUUGAUGUUUGUUUAAGCCUCAAUAAUAAGAAAUCAGGUGAGAAAAAAUCUAAAUCAAAAGAAAUUCUAUCAAGCUAUUUGAAGGAUGGACAUCAUGGAAAGCACUCGAAAGCUGAUAAAGAAAAUCAAAAGGCAAGAAGGCAUAUUUUUGAUCCAUCAGUGCCAAACACACCUGAAGAUUUUAUGAAGGAAAAGUCUGUAACUGAAAAGAUUAAGAAACAGAAGCAGAAUAUUAAGCACCUUGAUUUGUCAUGGCAGAAACUUUGUGACAGUCAGAGGAAGGUUUACAGACACUCUAACUACAAAUCACCAAACGCUGACGAACAAACAAUCGGUUAAAUAAAAAAAUUAAUUCUACAAACUAACCCAACAAUUAUGGAUGUGGCGUUGCUGGAUAAUUUGAAUAGAGCUCACAAUAGUGCUGUGCCGUGCCAUAAAUUAAUUUCUAGAUUAACAUUUUUUUUACAUAAUUUAUUUGAUAUUGAUGAUUCGUGUGGAAAAUGAGAGAUUUCAAUAAAAUAAAAUCAUUUAAAAUAAAUAAAGUUUU